AUGGUGUGUGUGCCUAUGAGACGGGGCAGUGUCUGCCUCAGUGUCAGCCUCAGUGUUUCUGCCUCAGUGUCAGCCUCAGUGUUUCUGCCUCAGUGUCAGCCUCAGUGUUUCAGCCUCGGUGUCUGCCUCGGUGUUUCUGCCUCGGUGUUUCAGCCUCAGUGUCUGCCUCAGUGUUUCAGCCUCAGUGUCUGUCUCAGUGUUUCAGCCUCAGUGUCUGCCUCAGUGUCUGUCUCAGUGUUUCAGCCUCAGUGUCUGCCUCAGUGUCUGCCUCAGUGUCAGCCUCAGUGUCUGUCUCAGUGUUUCAGCCUCAGUGUCUGCCUCAGUGUCUGUCUCAGUGUUUCAGCCUCAGUGUCUGCCUCAGUGUCUGCCUCAGUGUCUGCCUCAGUGUCUGCCUCAGUGUCAGCCUCAGUGUUUCUGCCUCAGUGUCUGCCUCAGUGUCUGCCUCAGUGUCUGCCUCAGUGUCAGCCUCAGUGUUUCUGCCUCAGUGUUUCUGCCUCAGUGUCUGCCUCAGUGUUUCUGCCUCAGUGUCAGCCUCAGUGUCAGCCUCAGUGUCAGCCUCAGUGUUUCUGCCUCAGUGUCAGCCUCAGUGUCUGCCUCAGUGUCAGCCUCAGUGUUUCUGCCUCAGUGUUUCUGCCUCAGUGUCUGCCUCAGUGUUUCUGCCUCAGUGUCAGCCUCAGUGUCAGCCUCAGAGUCAGCCUCAGUGUCUGCCUCAGUGUCAGCCUCAGUGUCUGCCUCAGUGUCAGCCUCAGUGUUUCUGCCUCAGUGUCUGCCUCAGUGUUUUUGCCUCAGUGUCAGCCUCAGUGUCUGCCUCAGUGUCUGCCUCAGUGUCUGCCUCAGUGUCAGCCUCAGUGUCAGCCUCAGUGUGUCAGCCUCAGUGUCUGUCUCAGUGUCUGCCUCAGUGUCUGCCUCAGUGUGUCAGCCUCAGUGUCAGCCUCAGUGUCAGCCUCAGUGUCUGCCUCAGUGUCUGCCUCAGUGUUUCAGCCUCAGUGUCAGCCUCAGUGUCAGCCUCAGUGUUUCAGCCUCAGUGUCAGCCUCAGUGUCUGCCUCAGUGUUUCAGCCUCAGUGUCUGCCUCAGUGUUUCAGCCUCAGUGUCAGCCUCAGUGUCCGCCUAAGUGUCAGCCUCAGUGUCUGCCUCAGUGUCAGCCUCAGUGUCUGCCUCAGUGUCAGCCUCAGUGUCUGCCUCAGUGUUUCAGCCUCAGUGUCUGCCUCAGUGUUUCAGUCUCUGCCUCAGUGUUUCUGCCUCAGUGUCUGCCUCAGUGUCUGCCUCAGUGUCUGCCUCAGUGUCUGCCUCAGUGUCCGCCUCAGUGUCUGCCUCAGUGUCAGCCUCAGUGUCAGCCUCAGUGUCAGCCUCAGUGUCUGCCUCAGUGUGUCAGCCUCAGUGUCAGCCUCAGUGUCAGCCUCAGUGUCAGCCUCAGUGUCAGCCUCAGUGUCAGCCUCAGUGUCAGCCUCAGUGUCUGCCUCAGUGUCAGCCUCAGUGUCAGCCUCAGUGUCAGCCUCAGUGUCAGCCUCAGUGUCAGCCUCAGUGUUUCAGCCUCAGUGUCGGCCUCAGUUUUUCAGCCUCAGUGUCUGCCUCAGUGUUUCAGCCUCAGUGUUUCAGCCUCAGUGUUUCAGCCUCAGUGUUUCAGCCUCAGUGUUUCAGCCUCAGUGUUUCAGCCUCAGUGUUUCAGCCUCAGUGUUUCAGCCUCAGUGUUUCAGCCUCAGUGUUUCAGCCUCAGUGUUUCAGCCUCAGUGUUUCAGCCUCAGUGUUUCAGCCUCAGUGUUUCAGCCUCAGUGUCAGCCUCAGUGUCUGCCUCAGUGUUUCAGCCUCAGUGUCAGCCUCAGUGUCUGCCUCAGUGUCAGCCUCAGUGUCAGCCUCAGUGUCUGCCUCAGUGUCAGCCUCAGUGUCUGCCUCAGUGUCUGCCUCAGUGUCUGCCUCAGUGUCUCAGUGUCUGCCUCAGUGUCUGUCUCAGUGUCUGCCUCAGUGUCUGCCUCAGUGUCUGCCUCAGUGUCUGCCUCAGUGUCUGCCUCAGUGUCUGCCUCAGUGUCUGCCUCAGUGUUUCAGCCUCAGUGUCUGUCUCAGUGUUUCAGCCUCAGUGUCUGCCUCAGUGUCUGCCUCAGUGUCUGCCUCAGUGUCUGCCUCAGUGUCUGUCUGCCUCAGUGUUUCAGCCUCAGUGUCUGCCUCAGUGUCUGCCUCAGUGUCUGCCUCAGUGUUUCAGCCUCAGUGUCUGCCUCAGUGUUUCUGCCUCAGUGUCUGCCUCAGUGUCUGCCUCAGUGUCGGCCUCAGUGUCUGCCUCAGUGUCGGCCUCAGUGUUUCAGCCUCAGUGUUUCAGCCUCAGUGUCUGCCUCAGUGUUUCAGCCUCAGUGUCUGCGCACACGCUAGCUUAG